AUGGGCAUUCUUCGGUUGAACCGGAGUAACUGCACAGCGACAACUGGACCGAGUAUCGCCAUCCCCAGCCGAUCCCGCGCCAACUGCCCUGCAAACGAGGCUGCGCUGCUGAUUGCUGGCUGGCUGGCUGACUGGCUGGGCGGGUGUACCGCAAAACUGGCUACGGUGCAGGCCGCUUCCGACACCUGCAUUUCUGAGCAAAUCCUCGCGUUUCGCAGCGCUGGCGAGACUCGCCCUCAGGCCUCGUCCCAGAGCCCUCCUCUUCCAUCUUGCUGCCCUCCAGACCGGAUCCAGCAUGGACCCACCGGGUCCUCCCAAGCCCGCCCCCACCCCGAAAACCAAGCGGGCGUGCGAUGCCGCGAGUCGCCGCUCACAACCACACGCCUGCAUCUGCAUCUGCAUCUGCAUCUGCACAGUCUGCCGCAUCAAGCGGGUCAAGUGCAUCGGCGAAUACCCAUGCGAAGCCUGUCGGGCAAGCGGAAUCCUCUGCACCUACUACACUCCUCCGAGGAAACGCGGACCGCAGAAGACUCGCCAUCACCCAGCUGCAGGAGACUCGUCCAACUCGUGGAUCAGCGCGACGGCCUCCAAUUUGCCGGAUAUCAAAGCCCUUCGAUCCGAGUCUUUGAUGCAGCCUUGGCAGAUUGGCUCGCACAGGACGCCGUGGCUGCUCCCGAUCGAUCGACGCCGUUUGGCCAUGAUGGUGCUGCGGCGGAUGGCCAAGCCUGCGCUGCACGGACGACGUCGGCCUCUGGGGCAGAUCAGCAUCAGCAUCAGCAUCAGCAUCGCAUCGGCAUCGACAUCGGCUUGCUGUGGCAGAAUGAAUACUGGUGGGAGUGGUCAAGAGCACGACCAGCAACUCGGCAGUGCUCAUGGGGGCAACUGCCAUGGGCGGAGCCACCCUCGUCGAGCGUUCCUCGGUCUGCACGAGGAGCCAUCGACAUUGACUCUGACAUCGCAUGCCGUCCGACGGGCAAGCCCGAGGCACCGACAUCCGAGGUCCUUCCAUUCCCACUAAAUGCCACCGGGCAGAUCACUGGGAUGUUCUUUGAGCACCUCGGACUGACAAUGGACUUUGUCGACCCGGCUGCGUUCCGCGCCGAGCUGGCCAGGGAACGCUACUCCGAGGUACAGACGAUUCUGGACAGGGCGACAGCGGGUGGUUUGGACGACGAUUCGCAGGAGGAGACGGAGACGGAGGAUGGCAUUGUGGAUCUGGAUGGCGUCGCUGUCUCGGUGAUCGGUCGGGAGCCAAUCGACAGCCGCAACGUCCUCGACUGCCUCUCCCACAAGCCCACCCAUCGCAUCCCUCGGCCUCUCGGCCCCCGCCCACACCGGAAAGCCUUGGCCGACCAGUGCCGCAUCUACACCCAGCGACUCCACGACCACCCGUGUCUGCAAGUCUUGCAAGCCGUGGUCAUCAUCUGUGGAACGAGUCUGUCGACUGGAUCCGGCGCCAGCACCGGCCACACCUACUACACAGGGCUCGCCUGGAACAUGGCCCAGGAUCUCGGGCUACAUCUCAGUCUCGACAGCCACGGCAGUUGGACUGCUCCGGGUCCGCACCACACAGGAUCGGCCCUGAGUCACCCAUCCGAGACCCCACUGCCACAAGCACCCACGGCAUCCGCCUCUUCGCAGUCUGCACGCCCCAACCCAGAAUGCCAGUCACUAUCCAUUCCCAUGGCACGAUCUGGAACGACAAGCCGUGUGUCCUCGGAGCUGCGAUAUCGCCGGAUGACGCUUCUCGCCCUGAUUCUGUUUGAUCGUCUCGGAGCUCUGAUGGCUGGGCGAUGCCCGGUCAUUCCCGACGAUGGCUGGGACUCGUCGUUCCUGCUCGAUGGAUUCGACUCGCUCUACGAGGACAUGUGCAUAUACGUCCACCUCGCCCACAUCAGUGGCAGGCUCUCGUCCUUGAUGGUAUGGGUGCCGCCGAGGUCAUUGUCGGUCUGCGGCCAGUGGUGGAGCAGUCUCUCGCCCGAGCACCAGCAAUCGCCCAAAGGUGCCCUCGGCCUCCAUCACCACCUGCACUCGUAUUUUCACUCCCUCAACAUCAUUGCCCAGCGCCUCGCCUCGACGGCCCUCGCGGGUCGCUCCCACGGCCAGCCAUUGCACAGGACCAACAGCGACACAACACCGCUCAACUCACACCCAAAGCAGACCAACGCCGAUCCAGGGCUCCUGGUUCAUCCACAUCCACAUCCACAUCCACGACAUCAUAGCGGCCGUGGAGAAGCAGCAAAGGGUGGCAUGUUCGAGAGCAGAAGCAGCCCUCUGCCCCAGACGGUGUCGGGAUCGAGCCCGGUCGCUGGCGAGCCCGACACAUGCAAAGCACCGGCAUCACUCCACAACAGACCCACUGCGACCGCCAUCAUCCAUUCGUCGGUAGCAGAUCGUCGCUCUCUUGAACUCGAUGCUGGCGAUCUCUUGGAGAACCGUCUUGCGACCCCAACAAGCGCCUCGUCGGAAGAGCGUGCCGAGUCCGUGGAAACGCAUGCGAACUCGGCAAGCCGAUCCUCGGUCGAUGCCAUCGGCGACCAGACCACGGGAAGCAGCACUCUCUCGUCGAAUGAGACGCAUCCAAGCACUCGGGCAAGUGUCUCCGUCAACCACACAAGCGCCCUCGAGAGCGCAAAGUACAUUCUCUCCUGCGUCGGCAUCGGAUCGGCAUCCGCCUCGUCCGGGUUGGGUCUGUUUGACUCUGAUCGCACACUCCAGGAGAACAUGCCUUCCGGCCCAUCCUCCCUGCUCCUCCCGGGCAUGUCCUACUUUGUCAUGACCGCCGCUACGGUGUACUUGGACACACUGGGCCACUCGUCCGACAGGAAUCUGGCCCUCUCGGUUCUGGACUGCAUCCUCGAUUAUCUCGAUCAGGCACACCACCGUGGCGAGACAUAUGCUCGCCUGAUCAGAGCGACCAUUGAGAAUGCACAUCGGUCUCCAUGCCCGCCGACAAAUGGCGGAGAUGCAGGUGCAAGUGUCAGUCCUGGCACAAGAACGCCGCUAUGGCCUGGCGGGCUCGCGAUGACGUCGGCCGACGAGCCUGGCAUCGGCGCUGCCUCUUCCGCUCAUGCUCGCCCCACUCUGUCGCCAACAGCAUCUCGACCACGGCCCGCUGCACAUAUCCUGGACAUUGCUGCUUCUGUUGCCGCUGAAUUGCCUCCAUCUGGAUGCCACGAUGCCGCCGGUCUGCAAAUGCCGCUUACAGGAUCGGCCGUCGGCGUGUCUGAUGCACAUCCUCGCGGCCAUCUGGAUGAGUUCGUCUGGCUUCUCCCUGGUCAUUCCACUCUACCCACGAUCGGUGCUGUUCUUUCGGCACCAGACAGCAACCAGCAUGUGUCGCCGCUGGGAGAGACACUGGUGCUUGGUCGGCCGUCGAGGCUCCCUGCUCAUGGAGUCUCAUCACCAGGGACGACACCACUAUUCUCGACGACAAUGGCUGCUCGCCACGGAGACAUCUCGAUGAACCCAUUAUCGAUCCCGGCGCCGACUCUUGGACAAUAUCCCACUGCUGCUGGACCAUUUCCGACAGCUUCUCAUUCGCACUCUGCCCAUGACUCGCUUGCCUGGCCGGCAUCGUCGCUGAUGGCUCCGACUGUAGCGCCCGACCCUGUGGCUGUCGAGUCGAUCACUCGCCACUCCCGACUCCAUCCCCAUCCCUAUCGCCGCCGCUCGCAUCCCAUUCACUCCAUCGAGGGCCAAACACCAUUGCAGCAUACUCAGCAUACCCAGCAUCACUCGCAGCAUAUUCAGCACCACUCGCAUCCCGCCCAGCAUCAGCUGCAUCCGUAUCAGCCGCAGCCUCGUCAGUCCAUCCACGACCCUGGUAUCAACAGCAACAGCCUUCUCAACGCCGGAUCUGUCUGUGCUGGCGAUCAAACCAACGGAUUCUUCUUCAAGGCAGCCCAUUCGUUUGAUCAAAUGCACCACUGGCUUUCUGGCUCGUUUCCAAGCGAUCCGCCGGGGUUUGGUCAUGAUCUCUCCGAGGCAUAUCCACCAAAUCACCUGGCCCUGUUCCAGCAUCUCAGCAACACCACCAGAGCCACAGGUUCCAGUCGGCUCUCGGCAGCUAUCGAUACUACUGCAGCCAGGCUCGCUGGCCAUGGAGGCUUUCUGGUGCCGCCUCUUGCCUCCGAUCAUGUGUCCAAGCCUGGUAUCUCCAGCAUAUCGUCAUCGACUCCAGCGCGAGUGUUGACACCAUUGAUCCCAAUGGGUGUAUCAACGCCGUCGAAUGCCAACCCACUCGCUGCACAAGCACCACAUCAUCUCAAAUCGUCACCAAUUCUGUCCAAUGCGACCACAGGCACCAACCAAGUCGGUCCGAGCAGGAACUGGAACAAGAUGCCAGGUGCUGUCCGCCUGAGCAACUACAGCAGCUCCCACAUCGGCGCUGAAUCGGUUCCCGGAAGCACUUUUGCUGGAGAUGCAUCCAGCAUGGAGGUCGACGAAGUACUCGGCGGUGGCGACGACCGGAUCCAUAUCGACCCAAGAAGCACCCCUGAUUCAUCGAGACACUCUCUGUCGACGAUCCCUGGUGCUCCAGCAGCCAAGACGGCCGUGGCAGCUGGUAUGGGAAGUACCAUGGAUGCGACGGACGAUAUCGGCUCUCGUCAGGACAGCACUCAACAACCAAGUCUCAAAGACGCUGCCAACGUCGACACCAACCUGGUCGGCCAGAUGCCAGCCAUCAAUCUGCCGCAAGGACUGCAGACUCCAGUUUCCUCUGGGCUCGUUGAUCGUAUCCCGGACAAAGUGAACGGACAUGGAGCCGACAGCGCCGUCGUCCCAGCCAGCCAUGACAGCACCAUUCUGAUGCAGACUAACAGAGAGACUGGUCCGAGUAAUAAACCCACCGGUCUCUGCUACUCUGAGCACCCGAGCGUCUUUGACGUGGCCGCUGCCGGGUCAGCAGUCGACCUGGGCUCGCUGAUGAGCAUGGCCAUGGCGGACUGGGAUCCGAGUGUCGUCGAUGACACCGACAUGCCGUCCGGCUGGAGCACCAUCAAGACCACCCUUCCCGACGACCGGCUUUGA